ACAGCUACAGCGUGGAAUAAUUAAACAUUGCCGCGUUUUAUUUUCAGAAGAGAAGACAUGGCUCAAGAAUUUAUCAUAGUAGCUGUUUCCAUGUUUGGUGUUUUCAUCAUUCUAGCAUUUAUAUCCACUCUCUUGUAUCGUUGCCACAGCCACAGCGAUGAUGGCGGUGAUGAAGAAGGUGGUGGUGAUAUUGGUGAGGGUGGUGGUGAAGAUGGUGGUGAUGAUGGUGGUAGUGGGGGUGGAGGUGAUGAUCAACAUCAUCAUCAUCAUCACAACCAUCAUACACAUGACCAAGGUGGUGGUCAUCAUCAUCAUCAUCAUCACCAUGCACACCAUCAUGUUGCUGGUGAUUUUGGACACCACGGUGGCGGCCAUCAUCAUAUAUCUUAUAUGUAAUGUGAAUGAUGCGAGGAAUGCUGUUUUCAUGUAUAGAAGUUGUAU